AUGGUGUCGGCCCAGCUCGCAAAGAUUUAUGCAAGAGAGGUCAACGUGCCAGAAGAGAUCCAAAUCAAGGACAUGGCCAUCCCCCAGUUUGUCAAGGCUUCUGAAGCAAUGAAGCUCGACGACUGCGCACUGCAGCUCUCCCACAAUGGCGCCUACCUGGAUUUGGAAGCAACGCUGGCAGAACAGCGGGACGAGUUAGAGGGCUUCCAGGAGGACGCUGGGAGGGUCAAGAAGAAUAGCAUCAUCCUAAGGACACAGCUGUCAGUGAGGGUCCAUGCCUGUAUUGAAAAACUGUACAACUCCAGCGGACGAGAUUUAAGAAGGGCCCUUUUCUCCCUGAAGCAGAUAUUUCAGGAUGACAAGGACUUGGUGCAUGAAUUCGUAAUGGCUGAAGGUCUGACAUGUUUGAUUAAAGUGGGAGCAGAGGCUGAUCAGAACUACCAGAACUACAUCUUGAGGGCUUUGGGCCAGAUUAUGUUGUAUGUGGAUGGGAUGAACGGAGUCAUCAGCCACAAUGAAACCAUCCAGUGGCUGUACACGCUCGUUGGCUCCAAGUUCCGCCUGGUGGUGAAGACAGCCCUGAAGCUGCUGCUGGUCUUUGUGGAGUACUCGGAGUCCAACGCCCCGCUUUUAAUCCAGGCUGUCUCGGCUGUGGACACGAAAAGAGGAGUUAAACCCUGGUCAAAUAUCAUGGAAAUCCUGGAAGAAAAAGAUGGGGUCGACACGGAGCUGCUGGUUUAUGCCAUGACUUUAGUGAACAAGACGUUGUCGGGACUCCCGGACCAGGACACCUUCUACGAUGUGGUGGACUCUCUGGAGGAGCUGGGCCUGGCGGCGGUGUCUCAGAGGCACUUGAGCAAGAAAGGGACCGACCUGGACUUAGUGGAGCAGUUUAACAUUUACGAGGUGGCACUUCGACACGAAGACGGUGAUGAGACCGCUGAGCUGCCCCCCAGCGGGCGGCGGGACCGGAGGAGGGCCAGUGUGUGUUCUGGCAGCAGCAGCAGCAGCAGCGAGCACCGGGGCCUGGACCGCAGGCGGAGCCGCAGGCACUCGGUACAGAACAUUAAGAGCACUCUGUCUGCUCCCACCAGCCCCUGCACCCAGUCAGCUCCUGGUUUCAAGCCCGGUGAAAAAAGGGAUACAGAGGAGGAGGAGGAGGAGGAGGAAGAGGAACAGCCAAUUACGGAGCCCAAUUCAGAGGAGGAGAAAGAUGACCCUGCUCCCUGUCAGGGCAAGGACAGCGAGCCCCACCCUGCCUCUGAGCAGAACCUCACCACAAAGGAUGCCGGACCCCCUGAGCCAGCCCUCCCAGCUGCCCCAGGCACAGCCUCCCAUGGAAAGUGGCUUCUGGCCAGCGCUCCAGUGGAGGGCCCCUCGGAUAGUGGGUCCUCGGGACCUGGGUCCUCCAUCUGGACCACCCAGCCCACCCUGCUGCUGCCACCAGCCCCAGCCUCGCCCACUCAGUCCGCCUCCACCACAGCCGGCCCACGGAAGGCAUCGCCCACCAUAGACAAGCUGCCCUACGUGCCCCACAGCCCCUUCCACCUCUUCUCCUAUGACUUUGAGGAUUCUCCCUUAUCCACCAAAGAAAAGGACGCAGAGUCCCAGAAGGAAAGCAGCCCCUCAGAUCCCAGCCAUCUGAACGCACACUCUGCCUCUGAACCUUACAGCUUCCGGUCUUUCUCUUCUAACAGAUACAGCAACUUCGGCAACAACUCGUAUCACUCCUCUAGACCUUCGCCUGGGACCAGUGUGCCCACCACCCCCACGUCGUCCCUGUCCCCACCACAGGAGGCCAGGCAGGACAGGUCAUCAGCGAGUGGUCUCCUCGGCUCAUCCUUUAGGCAACACCAGGAGUCCCUGGCGGCAGAGCGAGAGAGGCGGCGGCAGGAGCGAGAAGAGAGGCUGCAGAGAAUAGAAAGGGAGGAGAGAAACAAAUUCAGCCGGGAAUAUUUAGACAAGAGAGAAGAGCAAAGACAAGCACGAGAAGAAAGAUACAAAUACUUGGAGCAGUUGGCAGCCGAGGCGCAUGAGAAGGAACUGAGGAGCCGGAGCGCCAGCCGGGGGAGAGCCGACCUCUCCUUGGACCUGACCUCGCCAGCAGCCCCUGCCUCUGCAAGUCAUAGCCCUUCGUCUCUAGAUGCACAGGAGGUUGGCUCAGCACCACCCUCCUCCCCCAGAACACCUCAGCAUCCCCAAGCAAGUGCCAGGGACCCUGAGCCGGAACCCGAGGCAGAAGCCGCGGCGGAGGUGGCACAGGUGGCUGAGGACCGCGGCCAGGCAGUAGCCCCUGCAGAAGCAGAGAGGGAGGUGGAGCGAGAGCCGGAGGAGAGGGCCUCCCUCAGUGAAAAAGAGAGGCAGAAUGAGGAGGUGAACGAGCGAGACAACUGCUCCAGCCUCUCGUCCUCCAGCAGCACCUUGGAGAGGGAGGACAAGGAGGACAAGCUCGCCAGGGACCGAGGAACUGGUCUGUGGCCCGCGGGUGUUCCGGAUGCCGGUGUAAAUGAACAGUGUGGCGAUAUUCUCACCAGCAAACGGUUCAUGCUGGACAUGCUGUAUGCCCAUAACAGAAAGCCCACAGAUGAGGAGGAGAAGGAGGAGGGCGAAGUGGGGAGGACUGAGCAGGGGCCGGAGGCGGUAGCCAGCCUCGCCAGCAGAAUAUCCACCCUGCAGGCCCACUCUCAGGCCCAGGACGAGAGCGUCAGGAGGGUGGACGUGGACUGUCUGGACAAUCGGGGCAGCGUGAAAGCCUUUGCAGAGAAGUUCAACAGCGGGGACCUGGGGAGAGGAGGGUCCGUCUCUGCCGAUGACGAGCCCAAUGACAGGGUUCCUGAGAAAACCACAGCGCCACCAAAGACGGAGUCUGACUACAUCUGGGACCAGCUCAUGGCCAAUCCAAGGGAGCUGAGGAUCCAAGACAUGGAUUUCACCGACCUGGGGGAGGAGGAUGACAUCGAUGUCCUGGACGUGGACCUGGGUCACAGGGAACCCCCACCACCCCUGUUGGACAGCGUGCCCCCCCCUCCAGUCCCCGGUAAUUUAUUGGCUCCUCCUCCAGUGUUCAACGCUCCUCAGGGCUUAGGGUGGCCCCAGGUACCCAGGGGUCAGCCAGCAUUCUCCAAGAAGAAGAAGACCAUCCGUCUGUUCUGGAACGAAGUCCGGCCCUUUGAGUGGCCGUGUAAAAACAACCGCCGCUGCCGGGAAUUCCUGUGGUCGAAACUGGAGCCCAUCAAAGUGGACACGUCCAGGCUGGAGCACCUGUUCGAAUCUAAAUCCAAGGAACUGUCUGUCACCAAGAAAAUUCUAACCAUGAUUCCCACUGACGAAGAGAAGCAGAAGAUCCAGGAAGCCCAGCUGGCCAACCCAGAGGUGCCCCUGGGCAGCGCCGAGCAGUUCCUCCUCACGCUCUCCUCCAUCAGCGAGCUGUCGGCACGGCUCCACCUCUGGGCCUUCAAAAUGGACUAUGAAACUACCGAGAAGGAAGUGGCGGAACCGCUUUUGGACCUGAAGGAAGGAAUAGACCAGCUGGAGAACAAUCAGACCUUGGGCUUCAUCCUGUCCACUCUGUUAGCCAUUGGGAACUUUCUGAACGGAACCAAUGCCAAAGCGUUUGAGUUAAGCUACCUCGAGAAGGUUCCAGAAGUCAAAGACACGGUGCACAAGCAAUCGCUUCUCCACCACGUUUGCACCAUGGUGGUGGAAAAUUUCCCAGACAGCUCUGAUCUGUACUCGGAGAUCGGGGCCAUCACCAGGUCAGCCAAGGUUGACUUUGACCAGCUGCAGGAUAAUCUGUGUCAGAUGGAGCGGAGAUGCAAAGCCUCCUGGGAUCACCUCAAGGCCAUUGCGAAACACGAAAUGAAGCCCGUGCUCAAACAGCGGAUGUCGGAGUUCCUGAAAGACUGUGCUGAGCGAAUUAUCAUCCUGAAAAUUGUCCACAGACGAAUAAUUAACAGGUUCCACUCCUUUUUGCUCUUCCUGGGCCACCCGCCGUACGCGAUUCGGGAGGUGAACAUCAACAAGUUCUGCAAGACCAUCAGCGAGUUCGCGCUGGAGUACCGCACCACCAGGGAGCGGGUUUUGCAGCAGAAGCAGAAACGGGCCAACCACAGAGAGAGGAAUCGGACCCGGGGGAAGAUGAUCACCGAUACUGAUGAAGAGGAUGAAGUUGAGUCUGGCAAGUUCUUGGGCAGUUCUCCAGCACCUUCGAUCCAACCGCAGGGUCUGAGCUAUGCUGAGGACGCGGCCGAGCACGAGAACAUGAAGGCGGUGCUGAAGACCUCGUCCCCCGCCACAGAGGACGCCCACUCCGUGCUGGGCGUCCGCACCCGGAGCCGCGCAAACCGAGGGUCCACUAGUUCCUGGACGAUGGGGAUCAAUGACUCACCAAACGUCACGGAUGACGCUGCGGAUGAGAUCAUGGACCGCAUUGUCAAGUCGGCUACCCAAGUGCCCAGCCAGCGCACGGUGCCCAGGGAGAGGAAGCGAUCCCGGGCCAACAGAAAAUCCUUGCGAAGGACCCUGAAGAGCGGCCUGACUGCAGAAGAGGCCAGAGCCCUGGGUCUCGUCGGCACCUCGGAGCUACAGCUGUGACACCUGUCAGGGUGCCCUGAGAAGCGUACCCGAGGAGGGUGAAAACGCUUGCUCAUGAGACCGGCCAGUGGGGGGAGGGGAUGCGGUACAUCGCCACCCAACCGUUCCGGCAAGAAACACUCACUCUAGGUGUCGCCGCAUGACCUGUCCUGUGCAACGUGCGUCCGUGUGCAUCAUUAGGAGCCGCCUUCAUGUAAUCUUUUUCGUCGUGUCAGCCGUGUUUCUCUCGUUUCCUCCAAGACCUGGUUUCAUAGCCCCAAAGUAUGAUGCCUCUUCUGGGCAGGGAGCAUCCCUUCGAAGGACCCCAACACUUCGGUCACCGUCUCGAUAGGAACCUGAGGCCCUUGGUUGGACUAGAAUCACAGACUGGGUCUCCAUCACACCAAUGUAUCCAGAUGUGCGCUCCAGAGUGGAACACAGAAGAAAGCACAGCCUGCCGACCAGUUGUGGGUUUUAGUUGUACUAAAUGUUUAUACAGAUUCCUAAGUGUACACCGCGUUUCAAAUACUAAAUAAAGAGUUUACUGUCA